AUGUCCAACGGCGUGCGCAAUCUACGCGCAAUGUUUGAGAACGGCAACGCCGCUGCCUCGCCUGAGCCCCGCGGCCGCUCCCCUACAGACAACGCAGCUGCGACUGACGGCCAGGAACGCCCCAAGUCCAAGGUGCGCGCUUCCUUUGUCCCAGUGGAACCUCCCGUCGCCCAACCCCCGACCACGUCGACCGACCUGGGCCAGACCAAGGGCACGCCCUCGAAUAGCGUCAACGCGACUCGGCGAGAGAGCUUCCGAGUGAGCCAGGACAAGACCGACGAGCUUGCUGAGCUCAAAAAGGUGGUUAGCGAGGAGAAAGAACAACGCAGACAGAGCAUCGCCAUCCCCGAAGCUGUUCCAGAACAGGCUGUCGCAUCGCGAGAAUCCUCGAUACCAGCUCCGCCUAUUCGCGAGGAACCAGACACCGACAUGCCUAACCUGGGCUCUAUCAUGAAGGGCUCCGACUUCCCCGAGUCGUCUACUGCAGCCGCGCCGAAGGAGGCAGAAGUCCUUGUGCCCGCUCCUGAGAUUGAUGAAAUUCCCGUCGAAGAGACACCAGUCGAGGCCAAGGAGAAUGUCGUCGAGACCGCCCCAGUUUCCUCGGCAGAGCUAGCUCCUGCUCAGCCUGCUGAGAAUCCAGACAAAGCUACCACAGGCGCGCAGGAGGAUGUUUCGCUGAGGCCCGCAGCUCCCACUGAGGAAGCUGUUGUAGAAGAUAACAAGCCUGCGCUGGAGGAAGCUUCUGUCGACGACGACGCUGUUGUUGCCGAGGAAAAUGCCAUUGCGGAAGAAGCUGCUGUUGUCGAGGAAGCUGCCAUUGCAGAGGAGGCCGCUGUUGAACAGGAAGCUGCCGCCACAAAGGAAGAGCCAUCCGUCCCAUCGCCCGCCGCUGACCAACCUGCCGAGAACCCAGACAAGGCUGUGUCAGGAGCUCAGGAGGAGCUUGCCCUACGGCCCGCAGCACCUACCGAGGAGACCACUGUCUCCGAUGCGCCUACUACUCCCACUGCUACCGAGGCAACAGCUUCGAGCCACGAACCUGCUGCUGAAGCUGCCGCACCUGCUGAGGACAAAGCGAAGGCAAACGGAACUCCUGCGAUCAAGAAGCCGGAACUCAAGAAGCCUGCAUCCAUCUCUACUGCCAAACCUACAAAGGCUCCUGUCGCACCCGCCAAAAGCCCACUACCCAAAGCUGCACCAAAAACCCCGACGAAGCCCAAAACCACAGCAUCCAUUCCGAAGCCUAGUCCCGUGAAGACAACAAAGCCGGCAGCUGCGCCGAAGCCAGCAGCUCCCAAGGAGCCCGCCAAGGCGUCCGCCGCGAAGGCCCCGGUAACCAAAGCUCCAGCGGCCAAGGGUCCCACCGCGAAGACAAGCCGCACUUCUCUGCGACCAGCAGCAUCUUCCUCUUCAGCUACAGCGCCUACUGCCGCCGCAGCAGCUAAAACUAAGCCUGCCGCCGCGCCUGUGGAGAACAAGAAGCCUGCGAUCCCCAAGCCAAUCACCACCACCGCUCGUAAAAGCAUCUCGCCGACUGGCUUCAAGAAGCCAACACCAAAGUCACCUACCCGUCCAGUCGGUCUACCAUCUCGUCUGACCGCGCCCACCGCUGCCUCAGCUGCCAAACAUGGCGAGGAACCCAAGGUCACGCGCAAGCCGUCCACCACAACCCGUGCUGCACCACCAAAAGUUGCGGCACCAAAAACUUCGCGUACGUCACUAGCACCUAGCGCGCCCAAACGACCCGAAUCGCGUACUUCGACCGCUAGUGCUGCGCCCAAGGGGGGUUUCCUCGAGCGCAUGAUGCGACCAACAGCCGCCAGCUCCAGCAAGACACAUGACAAGCCCCAUGAGAAGGCUUCAUCGCCGCCGCGUAAAGCUCCAGCCGCCUCCAAGCCUAGCACACUACAAAAGGGGAAGAAGAAGGUGGAAGAGGUCGCGGCCAAGGCGAAGGAAUUAGUGACUAACGGACACUCUGAAGAGCACAAGACUGAGGAUGAGCCUGCCAAAGAAUCUGAGCAUCCUGAGGAGAUACCUGAAGAAGUCACCGCCGAAGAGACAUCACACGAGCCCGAGCCCGAGAAGGCAGCCACUCCAGUUCAAGACGUAGAGUCAUCGGUCGCAGAGAUUCAGACACCGAACUUCCAAGAGGAGACAAUCCGGCUAGAGCAAGCAAAGGAGGACCCGUCUACCUUGACACAAGAGAAGAUCGUCGAGAACCUGGACCCGGUCGAAUGGGAGCGACUAUCGAGAGUACGAAACAUUGGUAUCGCAGCACACAUCGACUCUGGCAAAACCACCGCCACCGAACGCGUUCUUUUCUACACCGGCCGAAUCAACGCCAUACACGAAGUCCGAGGCAAAGAUGCCGUGGGUGCAAAGAUGGACUCCAUGGACCUGGAGCGUGAGAAGGGUAUUACUAUCCAAUCCGCAGCGACUUUCUGUGAUUGGGUCAAGAAGAACGACGAAGGCAAGGAGGAGAAAUACCACAUCAACUUGAUCGAUACACCCGGCCAUAUCGACUUUACAAUCGAGGUGGAGAGGGCGCUACGAGUCCUUGACGGAGCGGUCAUGAUUCUCUGUGCUGUUAGCGGUGUACAGAGUCAGACUAUCACAGUCGACAGGCAGAUGAGGCGGUACAACAUUCCUAGGAUUUCUUUCGUAAACAAGAUGGACCGUAUGGGUGCCAACCCGUGGAAGGCUGUCGAUCAGAUCAACCAGAAGCUUCGUAUCCCGGCUGCGGCUCUCCAAGUACCCAUUGGGCGUGAAGACGGCUUCUUGGGUGUGGUAGAUCUGGUUAGGAUGAAGGCGAUAUAUAACGAAGGACCCAAGGGCGAGAUCAUCAGAGAGACAGACGAGAUACCCGCGGAUAUUGUUGAGCUCUGCAAGGAGAAGAGACAAAAACUCAUCGAGACACUUGCGGACGUCGAUGAUGAGAUUGCGGAGCUCUUCUUAGACGAGCAGGAACCCACGAUCCCCCAGAUCAAGGCUGCAAUUCGACGUGCUACCAUCUCUCUCAAGUUCACGCCAGUUAUGAUGGGUUCAGCACUUGCAGACAAGUCUGUCCAACCAAUGCUCGACGCCGUUUGCGAUUACCUCCCAAACCCCUCCGAAGUCGAAAACAUGGCGCUGGACAAGAAGCGAGCAGAGGCUCCAGUCAAGCUGGUAUCUUACAACUCUCUGCCCUUUGUCGGUUUGGCGUUCAAGCUAGAAGAGAGCAGUUUUGGACAGUUGACGUACAUCCGUGUGUACCAGGGUACGCUGAAAAAGGGUAUGAACGUAUUCAACGCGAGGUCAGACAAGAAGGUCAGAAUCCCAAAGAUUGUGCGCAUGCACUCCAACGACAUGGAGGAAAUUCCGGAGAUUGGUGCUGGAGAGAUCUGCGCCGUGUUCGGUGUCGACUGCGCGUCUGGAGAUACCUUCACCGACGGCGGUCUCGGAUACACUAUGACCUCCAUGUUCGUCCCCGAACCCGUCAUCUCCCUAUCGAUCAAGCCCAAGCACACCAAGGACACACCAAACUUCAGCAAAGCCAUGAGCCGCUUCACGCGCGAAGACCCUACAUUCCGAGUUCACACCGACCCCGAGUCGCAAGAGACCAUUAUCUCUGGUAUGGGAGAACUGCAUCUGGACAUUUACGUCGAACGUAUGCGCCGUGAAUACCGCGUCGAGUGCGAGACAGGACAGCCACAAGUCGCCUACCGCGAGACAAUGACCAAACGCGUCAACUUUGACCACACACUCAAGAAGCAGAGUGGUGGAUCAGGAGACUUUGCGCGUGUAGUAGGCUGGAUGGAGCCGAGCGAAGCCCUGGGCGAGAACAAGUUCGAGCAGCAAAUUUCCGGUGGCACGAUUUCCGAAAAGUUCCUCUUUGCCUGUGAAAAAGGUUUCAUGGCUUCGACAGCCAAGGGCCCGCUUCUCGGCCACAAGGUCUUGGGUACUUCCAUGGUCAUCAACGACGGAGCUACCCACGCUGUCGAUUCCUCGGAAAUGGCUUUCAAGAACGCCACACAGCAGGCUUUCCGCAAAGCUUUCCAGGCUGGUGCGCCACAGGUCCUCGAACCGCUUAUGAAGACGACCAUUACUGCGCCCAACGAGUUCCAGGGUUCUGUUGUUGGUCUGCUGAAUAAGCGUAACGCUGUUAUCAACGAUACAGAAAUCGGACCUGAAGACUUUACUGUCUAUGCGGAUUGUAGUUUGAACAGCAUGUUUGGCUUUAGCAGUCAGUUGCGUGCUAGUACGCAGGGUAAGGGAGAGUUUAGCAUGGAGUUUAGUCAUUACAGUCCUGCGCCGCCACAGUUGCAGAAGGAGCUUGUGGCCAAGUACGAGAAGGAACAGAAGGACAGGAAUGCUUGA